UUUCAAUAAUAAAUCACAUUUUUUCUGAGGUUAACCACCUGCUUCAGGAAGUCAAGAUGUUUGCAGUCCAUUUGCUGUCCUUUUACUUCUCAAAGCUCCAGGAGGAUCAGAUCAAGAAGGUAGACCGAUAUCUGUAUGCCAUGCGCCUGUCAGAUGAACAGCUGGUGGACAUAUCAUCUCGGUUUCGGCUGGAGAUGGAGAAAGGACUGUCAAAUGAGAGUAACUCUACGGCUGCAGUGAAGAUGCUCCCGACCCACGUUUAUUCAACACCCGAUGGCUCGGAGAAGGGUGAGUUUCUGGCACUGGAUCUGGGGGGUUCAAAAUUUAAAGUACUACAGGUGAAGGUUUCAGAAGAUGGGAAGGGGAAAGUCCAGAUGGAAAGUGAAACUUUUCCCAUCCCUGAAGAGAUCCUUAAUGGCAGAGGAACAGAGCUUUUUGAGCAUGUGGCAGGAUCUUUAAAGUAUUUUCUAGAGAAACACCACAUUAAUCACAAAAGAAAACCUCUGGGCUUCACCUUCUCUUUUCCAUGUGCGCAGUCAAAAAUAGAUGAGGGUGUCCUACUGUCAUGGUCCAAGAAUUUCAAGCUGAGAGGUGUUCAAGGGACCAAUGUGGUGCAGUCAUUACGGAAAGCCAUUCGUAAAGUUGGGGAUGUUGACGUGGAUGUCCUGGCUAUGGUCAAUGACACAGUGGGGGCCAUGAUGACCUGUGGAUAUGAUGACCAGAACUGUGAGGUGGGGGUUAUUAUAGGUACUGGUACUAAUGCGUGUUACAUGGAGGAAAUGCGUCACAUUGAUCUCGUGGAAGGAGAUGAAGGCAGGAUGUGUAUUAAUACGGAAUGGGGUGCAUUUGGAGAUGAUGGUGUGCUUGAUGAUUUCAUCACAAGUUUUGACCGUGAAAUUGAUGCCGCCUCAAUUAAUCCAGGAAAACAGCUUUUUGAAAAGAUGGUGAGUGGGUUGUACAUGGGAGAGCUAGUGAGACUCAUCCUGCUGAAGAUGGCCAAAAAGGGUCUACUGUUUCAUGGCCAAGUCAGUGAUGCUCUCAGGACCAAAGGAACAUUUCAGACCAACCAUAUCUGCUUGAUUGAACAGUAUAAAGGCGGUUUGGAGAACACCAGGGAGAUCCUGGAAGACCUGGGACUUAAUCCCAGUGAUGAUGACUGCAUUGCUGUCCAGCAUGUCUGCACCAUCGUGUCCUUCAGGUCAGCUAAUCUGGUUGCUGCCGCUUUGGCUGCCAUCUUGACACGGAUCAGAGAAAACAAGAAGCUGAAGAGCCUUCGGACCACUGUAGGAGUGGAUGGGACGGUCUACCGAACACAUCCGCAGUAUCCCAAGAGGCUCCACAAGGUGGUCCGCCAUCUGGUGUCAGACUGUCAUGUCCGUUUUGUGCUGUCUGAAAGUGGCAGUGCAAAAGGUGCCGCCAUGGUGACUGCAGUGGCUCAGCGAGUAGCUUCCCAACGCAAGGAGAUUGAUGAUACCCUUGCGGCCUUCGCCUUGAACUCCACACAGCUCCAGGAAGUGAAGAAGAAGAUGCAUGUGGAGUUGGAACGAGGCUUGAAGAAAGACUCCCAUCCCACCGCAUCAGUCAAAAUGCUGCCCACAUAUGUUUACAGGACUCCAGAUGGGACAGAAAGAGGAAAGUACCUUGCCUUGGAUCUUGGUGGAACCAAUUUCCGUGUGUUGGUGGUUAAGAUUCGUACUGGUAUGCGGAAUUCAGUCCGGAUGUACAACAAGAUUUAUGCCAUCCCACUGGAGAUCAUGCAGGGUACAGGAGAGGAGUUGUUUGACCACAUAGUUCAGUGUAUCUCGGAUUUCUUGGACUAUAUGGGAAUAAAGAACACUCGUUUGCCUCUUGGCUUCACCUUCUCUUUCCCAUGCAGUCAGACAGGUAUUGAUAAGGGAGAUCUGGUCUGCUGGACGAAAGGCUUCAAAGCGACAGAUUGUGAGGGCUCUGAUAUUGUGGAUAUGCUGAGAGAGGCCAUUAAAAGACGAAAUGAAUUUGACCUUGAUAUUGUUGCUAUAGUGAAUGACACAGUUGGCACAAUGAUGACAUGUGCAUAUGAGGACCCUAAAUGUCAGAUUGGUCUUAUUGCUGGAACGGGCAGCAAUGUGUGUUACAUGGAGGAGAUGAAGAACAUCGAGUUUGUGGAGGGUGAUGAAGGGCAGAUGUGUAUAAACACUGAGUGGGGUGGAUUUGGAGAAAAUGAUAAUAUUGAGGACAUCCGGACCAGAUAUGACCGAGAGGUGGACGAAGGCUCACUCAAUGCAGGAAAACAAAGGUUUGAAAAGAUGACCAGUGGAAUGUAUUUGGGAGAGAUUGUAAGGCAGAUUCUCAUUGAUCUCACCAAACGUGGUCUUCUGUUUCGUGGACGCAUCACAGAGAGACUGAAGACCAAAGGCAUCUUUGAGACCAAGUUCCUCUCACAGAUUGAGAGUGACCGUUUGGCGCUACUGCAAGUGAGGUCCAUUCUGCAGAAUCUGGGCUUGAACAGCACAUGCGAUGACAGUAUUAUUGUGAAGGAAGUGUGCGGAGUCGUUUCCCGCCGAGCAGCUCAGCUCUGUGGAGCGGGAAUGGCUGCUGUUGUAGACAAAAUCCGAGAGAACCGUGGACUAGAGCAUUUGGAGAUUACUGUGGGAGUGGACGGCACCCUUUACAAGCUACAUCCACACUUCUCCACGUUCUUAAAGGACACUGUCAGAGAGCUCGCUCCCAAUUGUAAGGUGGAUUUUAUCCUAUCAGAGGAUGGCAGUGGGAAAGGGGCGGCCCUGAUCACGGCUGUAGCACGGCAGCAUCAUGGAGAGAAACAAGAACCUCGCUAGACGCCCGGACUGGGUUCCUCGGAGGGCUGCUUUUGUUGUUUUAAGAGUACAGGGUUUCUAUAAGUAAUUAUAUAGAUUUAUCAAAUUAUGAAUCUCAUGAAAUCUCAUUUUGCUGC